UACAUCAGAUCAAAUAUGGCGCUGGUGUGUUGUUGUCGCUGUCGCAAUUUGGCCAAAAUUAAUUCGCAUUAAACGCGUCGAACGAAACAAAAAAAAUAAAUAAAUAAAUAAAAUCGUUGUCGCAGGAAGGCGAACAAAAGCAGUAUCCAUCUGUGCAAAACACAUGUAAAGUUCCUUUGAAAGCUGCAACGAAAAAACGGAGUUGCAGUUGAAAACGAAGUAGCCGAAAAAAAAUGGUGUCUACUCCUUGAAAAGGAGUUUAGUUGUUCGCUCUUCGUUCAUGUUUGUGCGUGUGUGUGUGUUUGUUUGUGUGAGUGCUGUUCCAGUAAAGUGCUGCCGAAAACUAAAUAAAUUGAAUUAAAAUAGCGGCUUCCUUCCUGUCUUCACAAAGAAAGUGCGAAAGAAAACGCUGAAGAAACCUGGAAAAGUAUAAAAUACAGUUUUAUCGGCGAUUCGGCCGCCGCCGCUCGAUUUGAGUGUGUGUGUGUUUGUGUGCGUCAUUGCCGCUUACUGCAGCAGCUGAAGGAAAAGGGAGUAGCUGCCAGGCAGCAGACACCAACACCAACGCAUUUUCACUCUGGUGUUAAGGAAAAUGUUGUGAUCUCAUUAUUAUAAUUAACCAGCUAACUGUUUGGAGACGGCGCAGCACCUGGGCGGCGUAUACCAGGAGAAAUUCAACGGAAACAUCUCUCCCUGUCUCUGUCGCUCUCCCUUUCUACAUACUUCAAAAUAUCACACAAAACAUUUUGCGCCCUUAAGCGACAGCAACAACAACAAACUAAAACGAAAUGACUGAGCAAAGCAUUAUUGGCGCACGCGCCUCUGUGAUGGUGUACGAUGACAACCAGAAGAAGUGGGUGCCAUCGGGCAGCUCGUCGGGCCUGAGCAAGGUGCAGAUCUAUCAUCAUCAGCAGAACAACACAUUCCGUGUGGUCGGACGCAAGCUGCAGGACCAUGAGGUGGUCAUCAACUGUUCCAUAUUGAAGGGUCUCAAAUACAAUCAGGCUACGGCCACGUUCCAUCAAUGGCGCGACUCCAAAUUUGUAUACGGUCUCAACUUUUCCAGCCAGAGCGAUGCGGAGAAUUUUGCGCGUGCCAUGAUGCAUGCCCUAGAGGUUCUGAGCGGUCGCGUGAUCAAUAAUCCUGCCGGCCAGCCCACAAAUGGCAAUGGCUAUGAGGAAGAUAUGGGCUAUCGUACAAUGACCAGCGAGGAUGCGGCCAUAUUGCGGCAAAAUAAUGGGAUUGGCGGUCACAUAACGCCCUCGGCACAGACGCCCACCUCGCAGACAAAUCAAAAUAAUAUACCACAGAGUCCACCAACGCCGCAGGGACAUCAUCGCACUAGCAGGAAUUCCCUCAGCGCACCACCGGCACCACAGCCGCAGCAACAACAACAACAACAGCAACAACCAGGCUCACACUACGGACCCACUGGAAACGGGCCAACGUCCAAUGGCCUGCCACAGCAGCAGGGUAAUCCACAAAUGCAGAUACCGCCAGCACCCGGUCAGACACAACAACAACAACAACAGCAACAACAGCAGCAACAACAACAGCCAUACCAACAACAGCAGCCCGUCUACACAACUGCGCAGCAGCAACAGCAACAACAGCAGCAACAACAGAUGGUCCAAGCGGGCUAUGCGCCCCCACAGCAGUACCAGCAGCCCCACUAUGUGCUCUCAAACUCUAAUCCCAAUCUCAAUCUACAUCAAUACCCGACACAGCCACAGCCGCCGAUGCCCAUGCCGCCGGUGCAUCAGAAUGGAGGCGGACCCAUAUACGGGGCUGCCACACAGCCGGCCCACAUACCCAGCUCGGCCAGCUCCAACAGCGUUGUCUACUCCAGUCAGCAGCAGUUGAUGGCCCCACAGGCACCGCAGCCGCCUGGCAUGCCCGCGUCCGGCUAUGUGCAGCUGAAUGGCCAGCAGGGGCAGCAGCAGCAGCAGCAGCAGGAGAAUCCGUAUGGGCAAGUGCCGAUGGCACCGCCCAUGAUGCAGCAGCAGCAGCAGCCGGGCGGUGGUGUGCCCAUGCCGCCGCCACUGAAUCGCAUGAGCAGCACUGGUACAGGAGGAGCAGGGGCUGCGCCGGCGCCACCACCACCGCCACCCACAUUCGGUGGUGCACCGCCAGCGCCGCCACAAAUGUUUAAUGGAGCCCCAGCGCCGCCGCAGCCACCCGCGCCGCCAGCACCACCGGCCAUGGGUGGACCGCCAGGCGCACCGGGUGCACAAGGUGGUCCUGGCGCACCACCACCGCCGCCGCCGCCUCCAGGCUUGGGUGCCGGCGGUGCAGGCAAGAAAGAUGAUCCGCAGGCUGAUCUAAUGGGCUCGCUGGCCUCCCAGCUGCAGCAGUUCAAGCUCAAGAAGAACAAGUCCACCACAUCGGCUCCAGAGAACAGCGGCAGCAGCACCUCCAGCGCCGGCAGCGGCAAUUAUGGCACCAUUGGACGUAGCUCCAAUGGCAUGGCCUCCAUGAUGGACGAGAUGGCCAAGACGCUGGCCAGGCGUCGCGCGCAGGCCGAGAAGAAGGAGCCUGACCCGGAGCCGGAAGUUAAGCAGCGGCCGUGGGAAAAGUCAAAUACGCUGCCCCACAAGCUGAGCAGCGGCGGGGGCGGCGGCAGCAGCAGCAGCACCACAUCAACCACAUCCAAUGCCCAAUGCGGCGCCAAUGGCAACAAUACAUCGAACAGUGGCGGCGAAUCGCCCCGUCCCAUGCGCAAGCGUUUCGGCAGUGCCAGCGAGGAGACCAUACUCAAGGUCAAUGGCGAUGGUCUGUCGCUGGCACUGUCCAACAGCGAUCUGGACGCCCUGAAAGCGGAGAUAGUGCGCGAGAUGCGGCUGGAGAUACAGAAAGUGAAAAACGAAAUCAUAGAUGCUAUCAAAUCGGAGUUCAAUCGUAGAUAG